CGCGCCCUCCCGCACGAUGUCAGCGCAGGGCAAGUUCAAGAAGGACAAAGAGAUCAUCGCCGACUACGAGGCGCAGGUCAAAGAGAUCCGCACUCAGCUGGUGGAGCAGCUGAAAUGCCUGGAGCAGCAGUCGGAGUCGCGGCUGCAGCUGCUGCAGGACCUGCAGGAAUUCUUCCGCAGGAAGGCUGAGAUCGAGCUCGAGUACUCCCGCAGCCUGGAGAAGCUGGCCGAGCGCUUCUCCUCCAAGAUCCGCAGCUCCAGAGAGCACCAGUUCAAGAAAGACCAGCACCUCCUUUCCCCUGUGAACUGCUGGUACCUGGUCCUGACACAGACCCGUCGGGAGAGCCGAGACCACGCCACGCUCAACGACAUCUUCAUGAACAAUGUCAUCGUGAGGCUGUCCCAGAUCAGUGAGGAUGUCAUCAGGCUCUUCAAAAAGAGCAAGGAGAUUGGUCUCCAGAUGCACGAGGAGCUGCAGAAGGUCACCAAUGAGCUGUACACGGUGAUGAAGACCUACCACAUGUACCAUGCAGAGAGCAUCAGUGCUGAGAGCAAGCUGAAGGAGGCAGAGAAGCAGGAGGAGAAGCAGUUCAACAAGUCGGGGGACAUCAGUGUGAACCUGCUGCGACACGAGGAGCGGCCACAGCGGCGCAGCUCCGUCAAGAAAAUUGAGAAGAUGAAGGAGAAGAGACAAGCCAAGUAUUCUGAGAACAAGCUGAAGUGUACAACCAGGAACGACUACCUGCUGAACCUGGCAGCCACCAACGCCGCCGUCAGCAAAUAUUACAUCCACGACGUGUCCGACCUCAUCGACUGCUGUGACCUGGGCUUCCACGCCAGCCUUGCCAGGACGUUCAGGACGUACCUGUCUGCCGAGUACAACCUGGAGACGUCGCGCCACGAGGGGCUGGACGUCAUCGAGAACGCCGUGGACAGCCUGGACGCGCGCAGCGACAAGCACAGCGUCAUGGACAUGUGCAACCAGGUCUUCUGCCCCCCGCUCAAGUUCGAGUUCCAGCCCCACAUGGGGGAUGAGGUGUGCCAGGUGAGCGCCCAGCAGCCCGUGCAGACCGAGCUGCUGAUGAGGUACCACCAGCUGCAGUCUCGGCUGGCCACCCUCAAGAUCGAGAAUGAAGAGGUUCGGAAAACGCUGGAUGCCACCAUGCAGACCUUGCAGGACAUGCUGACAGUGGAAGAUUUUGAUGUUUCAGAUGCCUUCCAGCACAGCCGCUCCACUGAGUCGGUCAAAUCAGCUGCAUCAGAGACCUACAUGAGCAAAAUCAACAUUGCCAAGAGGAGAGCCAACCAGCAGGAGACUGAAAUGUUCUAUUUCACUAAAUUUAAGGAGUAUCUGAAUGGCAGUAACCUCAUCACCAAGCUCCAGGCUAAACACGACCUGCUGAAGCAGACUCUGGGAGAAGGUGAAAGAGCCGAGUGUGGAACAACCAGGCCCCCAUGUCUUCCCCCUAAGCCACAGAAAAUGAGGAGACCUAGGCCUCUCUCAGUGUAUAACCAUAAACUCUUUAACGGCAAUAUGGAAACGUUCAUUAAGGAUUCAGGACAGGCCAUUCCACUUGUUGUAGAAAGCUGCAUCCGCUACAUCAACCUGUAUGGCCUCCAGCAGCAGGGCAUCUUCAGAGUCCCUGGCUCCCAGGUGGAAGUCAAUGACAUCAAGAACUCUUUUGAGAGAGGUGAAGACCCCCUUGCUGAUGAUCAGAAUGAACGAGACAUCAACUCAGUGGCUGGAGUCUUGAAGCUGUAUUUCCGAGGACUGGAAAACCCCCUCUUUCCUAAGGAAAGGUUUCAAGAUUUGAUAUCUACUAUAAAAACUGAGAACCCUGCAGAGAGAGUGCACCAGAUCCAGCAGAUCAUUGUCACUCUGCCUCGGGCUGUCAUCGUGGUCAUGAGAUACCUCUUUGCUUUCCUUAACCACUUGUCCCAGUACAGCGACGAGAACAUGAUGGAUCCCUACAACCUGGCCAUCUGCUUCGGGCCCACGCUGAUGCACAUUCCUGACGGGCAGGAUCCCGUGUCCUGCCAGGCCCAUGUCAAUGAGCUCAUCAAAACCAUCAUCAUCCACCACGAGGGCAUCUUCCCCAGCCCCCGGGAGCUGGAGGGGCCUGUCUACGAGAAGUGCAUGACCGGAGGGGAGGAGUACUGGUGAGCUCUCUGCAGGGUUCCUGGCACCAUCGAUGAGGUGGAUCACGACAACGGGACAGAGCCACACACCAGUGAUGAUGAGGUGGAGCAGAUCGAAGCCAUAGCCAAGUUUGACUACAUUGGACGAUCUCCACGGGAGCUCUCCUUCAAGAAAGGAGCCUCGCUGCUGCUGUACCAUCGGGCAUCAGAGGACUGGUGGGAAGGGAGGCACAACGGGGUGGACGGGCUCAUUCCCCACCAGUACAUCGUGGUGCAGGACAUGGAUGAUGCAUUCUCUGACAGCCUGAGCCAGAAGGCAGACAGCGAGGCGAGCAGCGGGCCCCUGCUGGAUGAUAAAGCCUCCUCCAAGAACGACAUCCAGUCACCAACAGAUCAUAUCAUGGACUAUGGCUUUGGGGGAGUGAUGGGCAGGGUGAGGCUGAGGUCUGAUGGUGCAGCCAUCCCCCGGCGCCGCAGCGGGGGCGACACGCACAGCCCGCCCCGGGGGCUGGGGCCCGGCAUGGACACCCCUCCUCGGGCAGCAGCCUGCCCCAGCAGCCCCCACAAGAUCCCCCUCAACAGGGGCAGGAUCGAGAGCCCCGAGAAGCGCAGGAUGGCGACGUUCGGCAGCGCGGGCAGCAUCAACUUCCCCGACAGGAAAGCCCUGGCUGAGAGCCACCCACUGAGAUCCACCUGUGGCUCCACCCGGCACAGCAGCCUCGGAGAUCAGAAAUCCCUGGAAGCAGAAGCUCUUGCUGAGGACAUCGAGAAGACCAUGAGCACGGCGCUGAACGAGCUGCGGGAGCUGGAGAGGCAGAACACGGCCAAGCAGGCGCCCGACGUGGUCCUGGACACGCUGGAGCCCAUGAAGAACCCCCCGAUGGGCGCCGCCAACUCGGAGCCGGCCAGCCCCCUGCACACCAUCCUGAUCCGGGACCCCGAGGCGGCCAUGCGGCGCAGCAGCAGCUCCAGCACCGAGAUGAUGACCACGUUCAAGCCGGCGCUGUCGGCCCGGCUGGCCGGGGCGCAGCUGCGGCCGCCGCCCAUGCGGCCCGUGCGGCCCGUGGUGCAGCACCGCUCCAGCAGCAGCAGCAGCUCGGGCGUGGGCAGCCCGGCCGUCACCCCCACCGAGAAGCUCUUCCCCAGCAGCUCGGCAGAUAAAUCGGGCACCAUGUAG